AUGGACAGAGCCUACUUCCUCGGAGGAGACUACAAAAGACAGACUGCGAUUCAGGUACCGACAUAUAUCGAGAGAAAGGCGACGCAGGAGGGUAAGUCUAUCCUACGAGAGGUGUGCGACUGGGUCAUGUCGAACAACCUUGAUCCUCAAUUCCAGCGGCUUGCGGCCUAUUAUCUUAGACGAGACUUUGGUAUUACGAAGAAUUAUACGAGCACUCUCCAGAUUCAGAGCUCCUCUCAGCCGCCGCAAGUACAGGAUAAUCGACUACAGAUGCCAGGACUAGUACAGCCAGAGACCGCGAAGACGAACACAGCCCUUAGUCCCGACGUCCGAUCAGCCGACCUUGUAGUUACCAAGAUCCUCACUAGGUCGAUAGUCGAAGAUUCGGACAGCACGACAGUUGAACCGUUUUUGCAGCCGUCUGAUCAGACGAAGAGGAACGAGACUGCUGAUACUACGAGGACCACCGCUGUGGACGAGGCUACCGUCGAUAAGAGGACUACCGCCACGGACGAGGCUACCGUCGAUGAGAGGAAUACCGCUGUGAACAAGACUACUGAUACUAAGAGGACCACCGCCGCGGACGAGGCUACCGUCGAUAAGAGGACUACCGCUGCUAAGAGGAUUGAUACGAGCAGUCAGACAGUCCUACUAUUCGGUCUGGAAGUAGACUACACUUCUCGGAGGAGCUUGUCAAGGAAGAAGAUUCGGAAGCUACUAAAGAGGACGAGGAAGAUACCGGACAGCCAGGCAGAAUCGAGAGAGGCGGACUUUGAGGACCUUGUUACUCCGUCCUGCGACUUUGACUGGCAGGAAGAUAAGUGGAAAAAGAAGUGCGUCCUGGGGAGGAAAGAAAACAGGAGAGAGUCCUUGGGAGGAAAUAAGAGAGGAAAGAGAGAGUCCUGGGGAGGAAAGAGAAGUACGUUCUGGGGAGGAGAGAAUACUUCAGUCGGAUGA